AUGUCCGACCUGUCCCUGCCCGCACCGUUCGCCUCCAUCCCUCGCACGUCUCUCCUCCUCGGCCCCUCUCCGAUCCACCAGCUCCCCCGCAUCUCCGCCGAUCUCGCCUCUUCUUCAUCCCAUCCCCCAGUUACCAUUUGGGCCAAGCGUGAUGACCUCAAUUCCGCCUAUGCCUAUGGUGGCAACAAGACCCGGAAACUGGAGUACCUUCUCGCGGACGCUGUCGCCCAGGGAUGCGAUACCUUGGUGUCCAUCGGCGGCGUGCAAUCUAACCAUACCCGUCAGGUAGCUGCAGUGGCCGCGCGCACAGGGUUGAAGGCUAAGCUGGUCCAGGAGCAUUGGGUCGACUGGGUAGAUAAAGGAUAUGACUCGGUUGGAAACAUCCAGCUGUCGCGGUUGAUGGGCGCUGAUGUUCGACUCGACCCGUCCGGGUUUGGAAUUGAGCAUAAGACUACAGCGCAGGCCGUCGUGGAGGAGUGCAAGGCCAACGGAGAUCGUCCAUACUACAUCCCCGCCGGUGCAUCCGACCAUCCGCUCGGUGGACUGGGUUUUGCACGGUGGGCAUUCGAGGUCCGACAGCAAGAACAGGAGCAAGGCGUGUUCUUCGAUACAGUCAUCGUCUGUGCCGUGACCGGGUCAACCUUUGCGGGCAUGAUUGCUGGCUUCAAGCUGCUUGAGCGUCUGCACCCGUCGGAUCCCAAGCGCAAGCUCAUUGGCAUCGAUGCUUCGGCCACAGUAGCGGCCACGCGCGCGCAGGUUCUCCGCAUCGCCCGGAAUACGGCGGCGAAGAUUGGUCUGACGGAGGAGGAUAUCACCGAGGAGGAUGUCAUUCUGGAUGACCGGUACCAUGCCGGCAUCUAUGGAAUUCCCGACAAGCAGACGUGGGAGGCCAUCGAGUACGCUGCCAAGAUGGAGGCCUUUAUUACAGACCCCGUCUAUGAAGGAAAGAGCUUCGCGGGAAUGGUGGAUAUGAUCCGACGCGGCGAGAUCCAAGGUGGAAAUGUGUUGUAUGCGCACCUCGGCGGACAACUGGCCCUGAACGCCUAUUCGGAGCUCGGAGCCACCAAGGAGUAG